AUGAAGGGAACACACCAGAUGAGUAACACCUUGGAAGAUGAUAUUACUGCCAGCAGUGCUGAAGUGUUUUCAUCAGAGGGCAGUAGUGUUACUCUGUCCUGUAAGUAUUCAGGUACUGCUUAUAGUCUUCAGUGGUAUCGACAAGAUCCUGGAUCAGCUCCUCAGUUCCUUCUCCUGAUCUAUGAAUCAACAUCUACUGUGGUGAAUGCAGAACCUCCACACCCUCGACUGACUGUUAAACUGAAUAAGAGGAAAAAUCAAGUUGAUCUGCAGAUCUCCUCUGCUGCACUGGCAGACACAGCUCUCUACUACUGUCUGGAUGAUUUUGUGGAAGUAAAUUCACAAACAGAAAGAACAUCCGUGGGUUCCAUGAACAGCAUAAAGCCAGAAAAUACUGAAGAACGUGUUGCAGAGGGAGGAAACAUCAACCUGACCUGUAAAUAUGAGGGUUCUAUCUACAAUAUCCAGUGGUACCGACAAUACCAGAGAUCCAGACCAGAGUUCCUGCUCUACAUCACAGAGGACGGAUCGAUUCAUCCAACUGUUUCUGAUUUCUCAGCUCACAUUAACAAAACAGAGAAACGUGUUGAUCUGCAGAUCUCCUCUGCUGCAGUGACAGACUCUGCUCUGUACUACUGUGCAGUGAGUCCCACAGUGACAGGAAACCCACAGUCUCUGUACAAAAACCUGACAGCUCCUCAAUGAACAUUUACACACUUCAACUACUCUUUGUGUUGAACUUCACUGCCAUCAAGUGGACAGAGAGUGCACUUACAUGUGCACCAGUAUCCUGGUUGUGAUGGUGUUUUUAGAGAUUCCCAUUUAGUAUUGCACAAGUAAACAUCGUAUCCUGGUUUUAGAAACCUUGAAAUGUUACCUGAAGUAAAACUAGUGAAGUGUAGCAUGUAAACAUCUGUUCCAGAUUUGUUAAUAUUCUCUGUUGGUAGAGAAAUUAGGCUGGGAUGUUGAGGAAUUAGGACACAACUGGACACACAUGAUCAGAAAUCAGUAUCCCGUUAGAAUCAUGUAUACAGGGAUAUGUAUAACCAGUUUUCUAA